AUGUCCACAACCCAUCAAGCCGCCAUAGUCCCCCAAAAGGGUGGCCCCCUAGCUGUUGUUCAACGCGAAACACCAACUCCAGCCCCCAAUGAACUCCUGAUACAAGUCCACGCUGUCGCCCUCAACCCAGUCGACAUCUACCAACGCGACAUGGGAAUGUUCAUCCAAGAUUAUCCAGCCGUGCUUGGCUCAGACGUCGGCGGCAUCGUGGUGAAGACAGGCUCCUCUGUCACUCUCGCGCCAGGCACACGGGUCACUGCAUUCGCCAGCGCAUUCAUGCACAAAGGAAGCCCGAACUACGGCGCACUGCAGAGAUACGUACUCGUCAGUGAGGAGAUGGUUGCCGUUCUCCCGGAGUCGUAUUCUUUUGCCGAAGGGUGUGUUUUCCCCAUGGCUGCGCUGACGUCGUGGAAUGGGUGGUUAUGGGCUGGUGUUCCGCGGGAAGCUUCUUCGAAGGGCAAGGAAGGUGUCUUGGUUUGGGGAGCGGGGAGUAGCAUGGGAAGUUUCGCGGUGCAGGGGGCGAAAUUGGCUGGAUAUAUCGUUUAUGCGACUGCCAGUCCGCAGCAUCAUGAGUAUUUGAAGGGACUUGGUGCUUCGCGGGUAUUUGAUUACAAGUCUGGGGAUGUAUUGGAGGAGAUUGUCGAUGCUGCGAAAGAAGAUGGACUGAUAAUUAAGAUUGGAUAUCAUGCUACUGGAUCGCAGCAGUUAUCUGUGGAUGUUAUGGAUGCGUUGAGAGGGGAUGGGGAGAAGGUUAAGUUGGCUAUUGCGCCGAUGGUUGAUGCAAGUGUGAAGGUUCCCGAGAGCGUCGAGACUGCUUUUGUUUCACCGCCGGAAGAUCUUGAGGCGAGACAUGAGCAGUGUGCUUGGAUAUUCAAGACUUGGUUGCAGGAGAAGCUUGCGGCUAGGCAGGUGGUUGUUAGUCCGAAGAUCAAGGUGGUGGAAGGGGGACUGGAAUCUGCUAAUAAAGCCUUGGAUGAGUUGAAGGCUGGUGUCAGCGGUGUCAAGCUGGUCUUGGAGCUGUAA